CCACCACCGCUCUCCGACGACCACCACCACCACCAGCGCCUCCCAAUUCUCCGACGACACCACCACUUGCGCCUCCCGAUUCUCCAACCACCACCACAACUUGCGCCUCCCGAUUCUCCAACCACCACCAUCGCCACCUGGCCUCCCGGCUCUCUGAAGACCACCACCACCAGCGCCUCCCGGCUCUCCGACGACCACCACCAACGGUAUUUGUUUACAAUUGGAGGCGUUUCUCAGAUUUAGGUCUGACACCACCACAAUUGAAGCAAGCAACAAUGCAAAUGGCGUUUCAACUCUCUCUUUCCUCCUCCUUCCUCCCAUCUCCACUCCCCACAACCACCACCACCACAACCAGAAUGACCGUUACCCAGUCACCCCGCAGGCUGAUUUAUAUCUCCUCCUCCACCAAUUCAUCAUCGUCGACAACCGUCAAUUCUCCCAAGAAAAAGCACUGGAAAGUAGGGGAAUAUCCUGGCCUCACUCAUACCUCCAACCCUAAAUUCUCAACCAAUAAGAAGAGAACCCCCAUUAAGAACAUCAAGAAAAAGCUCGACAGAAAGAUUAAUGCCAACGCUUGGGUUAAUACUGUCACCGAAGCUCUUUCUGAUGCCAUCGAUAAAAAGCAAUGGCUCCGGGCUCUUCAGGUAUUUGAGAUGCUAAAGGUGCAACCUUUUUACCACCCAAAAGAAGGGACUUACAUGAAGCUACUUGUUCUUCUAGGAAGAUCCGGUCAACCUGGACAAGCCUCUCAGCUGUUUGAUGAAAUGCUUCAAACAGGAUUAGAACCAACCCCAGAACUUUACACAGCAUUGCUUGCUGCAUGUUGCAGGAGCAAUCUGAUUGAUAAAGCUUAUGAAGUUCUUGAACAAAUGAAGUCUCUCCCUCUUUGCCAGCCUGAUGUCUAUACCUAUAGUAUACUGAUUAAGGCCUGUGCCGAUGCUUUUCGUUUCGAACUGGUUGACUCCCUAUAUGAUGAAAUGGCUGAAAGAUUAAUCACCCCAAAUACUGUAACUCAAAAUACAGUACUGAGUGGUUAUGGAAAGGCGGGGAAAUAUGAAGAGAUGGAGAAGAUUCUCUCCAAGAUGCUUGAAAGUACGACAAGCGAACCUGAUGUAUGGACUAUGAAUACGAUUAUCGGUUUGUUUGGCAAUGUGGGUCAGAUUGAAAUGAUGGAGAAAUGGUACGAGAAGUUUCGCAAUUUCGGGAUCGAGCCGGAAACACGCACAUUCAACAUUCUGAUUGGUGCGUAUGGUAAGAAAAGGAUGUACGAUAAGAUGUCAUCUGUGAUGGAGUACAUGCGGAGGCUUUCAUUUCCGUGGACAACAUCGACCUACAACAAUGUGAUUGAGGCAUUUUCUGAUGCCGGUGAUGCAAAGCACAUGGAGUACACAUUUGAUCAGAUGCGUGCUGAAGGCAUUAAGGCGGACACCAAAACAUUGUGCUGCCUCAUACGAGGUUUUGCCAAUGCUGGUCUCUUUCAUAAAGUGAUCAGCAUGGUUCAGUUGGCUGGGAGAUUGGAGAUACCUGAGAAUACCUCAUUCUUUAAUGCAGUCAUAUAUGCUUGCUCUAGAGCAGAUGAUUUAAUGGAGAUGGAAAGAGUGUUCAAGAGAAUGAAAGAUAAGUCAUGUCAACCAGAUUCCACAACUUACUCGGUUAUGAUGGAUGCGUAUAGAAAAGAAGGUAUGAGUGACAAGGUGUAUGACCUGGAGCAAGAAAUGCAGAGGAUGAAUGGUGGUAAGGUAUCCAAAGGGUACGAUGAUGUAGAAACAGAGGCUAAUGAUGAUGUCAGCAAAGAGGUGUUGGUAAUGGUAUGAGUGUUGGUGGUGUCAAUUAAUUUCUGGGAAAAUUGCUAUGAAAAGUUGAUCAUGAUUGAUAUCCAGAGUGGGUAAAUCACAAAUAAAGCCAUGCUGGUCGUAGUAGUGUUAGUAAUCGUGGCAUGAAGGUAGUUACAAAUAUCUAAUAGCUGUUUGUCUUUGUGUUUCUCCCUUACCGUGAUUCUGAACUCCGAGAAUGAAUUGAUAUCAUACUUGCUGCGGGCUAAAGAAUGAAUUGAUAUCAUAAACCUGCAGUUGUCCUCACAUAUGUAAUUUUGUAGCCGUGUUAUAAAUCUUAAAGUUGUAAUUUCGUAAGGCAUCAAUUGUUUAUGAAGUGUUGUUUUUGCAGUAGCACUGCCACAGAUGAUCUAAUUAGAUCAUAUGGUUUCAUUUUCUUUCUUUCUUUCUUUCUUU